AUGAAUGCAGGAGCAGUGAUCUACACUCUGGUGGAGGGGCUCAUUGCUGUUUGCUGCUGUCUCGGGAACAUGUUGGUGAUUUUGGCACUUUGGACCAGCAAAAGCAUCCAGCAGCCUACCUUCUGUCUGAUUGUGUCUCUGGCUGUGGCUGACUUCAUGGUGGGCUGUGUGGCCAUCCCAGUGGCGGUGGUGGUGGACGGACGAGUGGAGACUUCAUUCUACAGUUGUCUUUUCCUCAGCUGUGUGGAGAUCCUGUUUACCCUGGUAUCAAUCUUGUGCCUUGUGGCUAUUGCAGUGGAUCGAUUCCUCCGGGUGUCCAUCCCUCUCAGGUACAGAAGGAUGGUAACACAGAGACACUCCCUGCUCGUGGCAGCAGCAUGCUGGCUUGUUGCAAUACCUCUGAGUUUUGCUCCCAUGCUUGGAUGGUACAACCACCAGACUUUAUCUAACGCAGUCAACUCUACUUUGACCUGCCGGGUUAUAGAUGUCAUCCCAAUGUCGUAUCUAGUUUACAUCAGAUUUUUUGUUUUUUGCCUUAUACCACUUUUAAUGAUGACUGCACUGUAUGGUUACAUUUUCUGUACGAUAAGAGAAAACCUCAGAGAGAGACCAGGUGAUGGUGCCCAUCAACAGUCUCAGCUCUACCUGAAAAAAGAGAGAGAGCUGGCAGGAUCUUUGUCUCUGGUCCUGGCUCUGUUCGCCCUGUCCUGGCUCCCUCUCCACAUCAUGAACUGUGUUGAUUAUUUUGAUUUGGAGACUCAUGUUCCCCCCACAGUCGUCUAUGUAGGCAUCCUGUUCUCUCAUGCUAACUCAGCUGUAAACCCAGUUGUGUAUGCGUUCAAGAUAGACAAGAUCAAGACCGCGUACUCAAAGAUCUGGAGACGGGUAAUUGUAUGUGGGAGAGAGAAUCAUAGAUCUCAGACGAACCAGUCGACCGACAACAAUCCGUAG